CGUCAAAUCAGUAUGCCGCUUCUUCCUUGGAGCACCACCCUCACAAGCACCACCCAGCCGCUUCAAGUAGAGUCUACCGUACCACAGACGAGAUCUCGACAAGAUGCAUUCGGCUUCACUCUCGUUUUUUGCUUUGGGCGCUCUCUUGAGCAUCCCGGCCCUCGCCGCGCCGCACCUCGCCGCACGCGAUGGGGAGGUGCCCUCACUACCGUCCGACCCCAACACGCCCCCCGGGUGCACCUGGUGGCACGACAACGAAGAUGGCAGCAUCCCAUGCUCCCAGAUUCCGGCCUUCUACGGCAACCCGUCCGUCACGUCCUCAUGCGAGAACUUCCUCAAGGGGAAGGCGUACUGUGUCGAGGGUCCUCCCGCCCCGGCGGCUCCCCCUUCAGGGCCGUCCUCUACCACCGCCUCGGCGCCAACCCCUACCAAGACCGGGAACGGCGUCACCACGCCCACGCCUACUCAGCCUGGGAUGGUGGACAACUGCAAGGCCUUCUACCUCGUCAGCAAGGGGGAGGCCUGCGGGUCCGUCAUCCGCAAGAACAACAUCAAGCUCUCCCAGCUCGUGGCCUGGAACCCUUCUGUCAACCCCGACUGCAGCGGCAUGUGGGCCGACGUGCACGUCUGCGCCGCCACCCUCGACGGCGGGGCGGACAGCAGCCCCGGCCAGACGACGCCCGGGCAGCAGCCGACGCCCCCCUCGCAGGGCAACGGCGUCCAGACCCCGUCGCCGGUGCAGGACGGCAUGACGGCGCGCUGCAAGACGUUCCACUUUGUGCGCCAGGGAGAGUCCUACUGGGGAAUUUCGAACCAGUACGGUAUAAGCGUGGAGGACUUUGUCCGAUGGAACCCGGCCGCCCGCUCCGACUGCAGCGGUCUCUGGGCCGACACAAAUGUGCCACCGGCCACCUUAUUCCCUGGCCGGAUGAGGAAGCUCUACACGAAGCCGCACGCUUGGCACAGCGAUACCGCCCGAGCUGGCAUGAUCUGGACGGGGCCGGCUCAGGCGGCAUCCCACGAUGAGCUCGUGGUCGGCCGCAGGGCCACCAGCCUCCCUGCCGAGAUUGGCUUCAUGGCACUCGUGCAAGACUGGUCUGCUACGCUGGCCGUAGCCCCGUCGUUUGCGUAUAGGUAGCCCCCAGUAGCCCCCCCAUAUUCGACAUCCAACGCCGGGUGGCUGUCUCUGUGGUCGUCGCAACUCGGCAUAAAGGAAAGAGCGUCGGGAUACGACACUCCUGACGGCCGUCCCGCCCGGUUGUGGCCUGCUGACCUGGCUCUCCUGUUAGCCGUCCCUUCUUUCUACCCACUCAUGUGUGCGCACAU